CCGUACUGUCAAGACCUCGGGCCGAUAUUCUCCCAGUACGGCCCUCGCGCUUGGUUAAUAAGACAUAUGUAUGUUUAUACUUAUUCGAACGCUUACCUGAUACCUGAGACUGUCAGCGAGCCACAGUCGCUUUUCAGGUUGGUACCGGCAGUGAACAUCGCGCCUGAAUUAGUUGGAGGCCUUCCCACAUUUGAGCGUACAUUGUAAGGAGACCAAGUUGCGGUGCAGAUUUCAGAAGUUUUAUCGCUGUUGUAAGAAGAAUAGUGUUUUCGUGACUUUAACUCAACAGAAAGUUCUUAACAUGGACGGGGAGAAAACAAUUGCUCCAAACCGCUCCAUUUUGUCUCCAACUGAGAAUGAUGACAAUUUCCUCGUGGAUUUUACAGUCGCAGAAACUGCUUUUGCUGCGGCCACUUUGCUCGUCAUCAUGGUAGCGUGUUUAACAGGAAACGUUGUAAUUUGCUACGUGGUUUUCCGCAACAGAAGAAUGUGGACAGAAAUGAACAUGUUCUUGGUGAAUCUCGCCGUUGGUGAUAUCACCAUGACUUUCUUGACUAUGCUAUCUCCUCUCGAAACUGCUUUAAUGAGAAAGUGGACAUUUGGCACUGGGCCUGUGUGUCAGCUAAACGCCUUCUGUAACUCUGUCUUAAUUUGCAACACAAUAUUUACGCACACUGCAAUAUCAAUGGACAGGUUUUUCGCCGUGGUAAAGCCAAUGGAAAAAAUUAUGACUAAGAGAAAAGCAUUUUUCAGCGUAAUUGGUGUAUGGAUGCUAUCAGUGACAAUUUCUAUUGGACCUAUGGUUGGCUGGGGUCGCAAUGUCUACAACGCCUCAGCAUUACAAUGCGGAUUUAAAUUUCCUGAAAAUAAAUUUGAAAGAUUGUACAUUAUAUGUCUGGCUGUGAUCGCGUUUUUACUGCCUUUAGUUGUAAUGAGCCAUGCAUACAUACGAAUUUAUAUCGUUGUACGGAAUCACACAAGGCGGUUGUCAACUUCUACAAUGGGUAAUUCUCAAUACUCUUUAAUACAAAAUCAAGAAAGAACUGUCUUUACGUUCUUCCUUGCCUUAGUAGUAUUCAUCAUUUGCUGGACGCCAUUCUUUGUAUACAUCGUGGUUGCUGUUUCAGUUUCUUCCCGAGAAAAAUUACCACGUGGCUUAGGAAUCGAAGCUUACUGGUGUGGCUUCAUGAACUCUGCCAUUAAUCCUUAUUUGAUUGGCUUGAGGAGCGAGCGAUUUCGCGACGCGUUUUUAGUCGUGUUGUGUUGCAGAUUUUAUUCCUGCAAGCGAAAUUCAAAUAAAGGAAAAAACGACAGCAUUCAUCCUAGCAACCAAAUGAUUUGUACAGACAGAAAAAGGGAGACACGGUUUGAACAAACAUCAGAAAAGACCCAUGUAGGAGAUGACCAUGCCAAUUCAUUUUUUAACAUGGCUGCUGUUCGCGAUGCAAAAGUAAUUCAAGAAACGCCUGUUGAAAUGACGAACAACGGGAAGGCAAGACGAUUAGGUAGAGAUGAAAACGCAAGAGUUAUAUACCCACAUUAUAUUCAUAUGGCCAAUGGAAAACUUUGGAAUGAGGCCACUGUUUAAUGCUGUUCAUGACAACUUUACUUCAAGUUAGGUUGAUAAAUGACAGUUCAAAUUUUGUAAACAAAAGAUGUCAUACUAUAUCAUCAGUCAUAGUGAAAAGCAAAUUCUAAGGAAGGUCAAAGCCAAACGAGUGAUACAGGAUCGCGACAACUUGAGAUAACUUCGAGUUGGUUUGGAGCUUUGGUGACUAAGUUAAUAAAGUAAAUCUAGCUUUGUCUCACAUAUGUUUUUUUAUUAUUCACUUAUUUAUUUGCCACUUACACACAAGCACAAGAAUAAAUUACGGUUGUUUACAGCAAUCUAAAAUAAUAACUAUCAAAAUAUUAUUUUAAGACAAUAUCAUGAUACCUAAACUAAAUAAAGUUACAAUUUACGGUCAUUUUUAAGUAGUGUGGCGAAGAAGCCCAGCAGAAGUAAGGAGCUUAUCAAAUGUGGGUUCCUCACACGAUGUAGAAGUUAGAUCAGUAAGUUAACUACGGAUGAACAAGUUUAAUUUAGAUUUCUGUCAAUUAAGAAUUUUUUAAGCGAAAUCUUAAAGACAGAAAAUCUGUGGGAUAGGAUAUGAUCAUGAGGUAGGGAAUUCCAAACCUUUGGACCGUGGUGCAAGAUUGCAAACUGCUCGACAUUAGUUCUGCAAUAAUGUGAACGAUAGUUGUACGUGUGAAUUUGAUGAUAAGUAGAAAAAAACGUUAAAUUUAAAUCACUAAGAACCUUCACUAAGUCAACCAGAAUUUUGAGUGUAAUGCAGUGUAAUGAGUGUUAUGUUUAGAGAGAGAUGGGAGCUAUGCUGGAAAAGGAUUGCACGGAGAUGUUAUA